AUGUCCGACUCUGAUGAGGAUGGGGGAAUACCACUAAUUGAGCCAAUGUUCGAUUCCGAUGUGGACUCUAAGAAAAGGAAGAGAGGUGGAGAGGCCGAUGCUACCAGCGAAAGCAAAAAGGCGAGAAAGAAGGCGCGCAGGAAAGAAAAUAAGAAGCAAAAGGCCAAGGCUAUCAACAAUGAUGACCUUGAUCAAGAACUUGGGGUCAAUCAUGCUUUUGAACGAAUGGAUAGCCAACUCCUUGCCGACUAUAUCAACUCCAGGACGCGCCUAUAUGGCACUGAUCUCAGCAGCGUGGAGCUGGAAGAUCGCUUUAUACCCAGCCGAAGUAUACAGGACGCGAGCGCCUGGGACAAACCACGCACUUUGAACAACCUCGCAGCUUUCUUGAAAUCCCGAGACCCAGAGCUUAAACCUACGCCGAGCAAGCCUUGUGGAGCACCGCACACACUGGUCAUUACAGCAUCAGGCAUUAGAGCAGCAGAUGUUUUCAGAAGCCUCAGAUCUGGCCUCCCGACACAAGGCGUGAAGAAUCCCAGUGUUGCCAAACUUUUCGCAAAGCACAUGAAGUUAGCUGAGCAAGUCGGGCAUCUGAAUAAAUCGAAGAUCGAUUUCGGCGUCGGAACCCCGGAGCGGCUAUCCGCACUUCUCGAACAAAAGGCCCUGUCCACUGCAAAUUUGAAGCGUAUCGUCGUAGACGUCUCGUACAUUGAUCAGAAAAAGAGAGGAAUCCUCGACAUGAAGGAGCUUCAGGAGCCUUUGAUCCAGUUGUUGGUUCGACAGGAGCUUCGUAGCGUCGAUAACGUGGAUGAAGGCGGCCUGUUGGUAUUCUAUUGA